GACAAUCACUUGCUCUUCUCUAUUCCAUCACCAUCAUUUAAUCUCAACACUACUCUCUUCUUUCAUCCGUCACCGUAAGAACAUGAGCAGAACGGAGACAGUGGGCUUGACCAGAGGACGAAUGUUGCAGUCAAGUAGUUGCAAUCGCCUUAUGAACUGUUCUGAGUCCUUCAAGAGGGACAGUGUGAUUAGCAACGGUGGUUCAGCUAAAGUGAGGGGAAGCUUGGAGCGCAAGAAAUCAAAGAGUUUUAAGGAAGGAGAAAGCUAUCCUUCUUGUCUCAUAACGGAGGCUCCUGGGAGUAUAGCCGCCGUGAGGAGGGAGCAAGUGGCUGCACAGCAAGCCCUAAGGAGACUGAAGAUUGCUCAUUAUGGCAGAUCCAAAUCAACCCUAACUAAUUUCAACUCAUCCAAAGUUGUCCCUCUUAUUCACCCUCAACCUCAUCCUCAAAGAUGCAGCUUCCUUACCCCUACUUCUGAUCCUGUUUACGUUGCCUACCAUGAUGAAGAAUGGGGAGUCCCUGUCCAUGAUGACAAGACUUUGUUCGAGCUGCUAACCCUCAGUGGCGCACAAGUAGGUUCUGACUGGACGUCAACCUUGAGAAAACGCCAUGACUUUAAGAAGGCGUUUAUGGAGUUUGAGGCAGAAGCGGUUGCCAAACUUAACGAGAAAGAGAUGAAUGCAAUAAGCAUCGAAUACAAAAUAGAGAUGAGUAAAGUGAGAGGUGUUGUAGAGAAUGCUACAAAGAUCAUAGAGGUCAAGAAAACGUUCGGGUCACUAGAGAGAUACCUUUGGGGUUUUGUGAACAACAAGCCUAUCUCCACGAACUACAAGCUAGGCCACAAGAUUCCUGUCAAGACAUCGAAGUCGGAGAGCAUAAGCAAAGACAUGGUCCGUCGUGGCUUCCGGUUCGUGGGUCCCACUGUUGUUCACUCCUUCAUGCAAGCAGCUGGUUUAACCAAUGACCACUUGCUCACUUGUUACCGUCACAUUCCUUGCACUCUCCUCACUACUAAUCCUUAAUUUUUGUUUUUAUUUUCUAUUUCUUUACUUAAUUGAAAGUGUUUUUUUAACUUUCGUAUGAUUUGUGCACAACAAAUGUAGGUGUAGAAAAAAAUGGUUGAAUGUUCUUUUAAUUUGGCAAUGUAAGAUAAUCCAGCUGGUUAAAUUUGUUUUUUUUUCUUUUGCUUCUGUGUGAGUUUUUUUUUUCCUAAUCACAUGUAUAAGGUUUUUCUCAUGUAUGUGUCGUGUGACAGUUUGAAAUAGUAAUUGGUUUUCAUUGAUGUUACAAAAAAAAUUGUUUUUAUUGAAUUCA